GCGUGGCUUUAGCGACUUAUGACUAUGUGUGCACUGUGUGCUGCAAGAGAACAAAGAGGAAGAGCUGACAGGAUGCUGUCACAUCACUAUAUUUAGUCUGGGUGAGUGACAGAGAGAGAAAGAUGAGCUCAUCUGAACACAGUUCCUCUUUCAGGUGCAAACUUUUGAGUGCAGUGAAGUCCUGCUGAGAGAGAUACAGGAUUUGCUUGUGUGCUGGUUGUGACAGGUAGACUGUAGGUCUGUGAAGAGCUCUGCAGAAGUACUGAGGUAGUGUAGUUUAUGAGUAGUUGACAGAUCCGUCAGUAGAGCGGGUGUAGGAGUGGUCAUAUCUGCAGUCGUGCUGUCUCUGUAUGUAGUGAGGAGGUUCUGUAACUCAGGAAGAAUGCAGGUUUGUUUGUAUCUGCUGCUUGUGCUCCAUGUUGCUGAAGGCUGCACACUGAAAGACCAUGAGGAGGUAGAAAAGAUUACUGCAUACUCAGGAGGGUCAGUACUGCUGCCCUGCUACUGCACUGACCUACAAGACACACCUAAGACAUUCACCUGGAAGAACCUUACAACAAACAUAGCCAUAUUGAAAGAGAUGUCCAGUGAGAGUGGUCAGUACAGAAACAGAGUUCAGCUGGCUAACGGUCACUCUCCAGGAAAUCUCUCUCUACUCAUAUCACACCUGACUGAAGAGGACGGAGGAGAUUACAGAUGUGAAGUUGAAGGUAGCAGGAACAAAAAUAUCCGACUCUCUAUUAAGGGCUGCACUCUGACCAACAAUACAGAACGAUUAGAUAUCACAGCAGCUACAGGAGGGUCAGUACUGCUGCCCUGCUCCUGUGCUGAGCUACGUGCCAAACCUAAAACAUUAACCUGGAAGAAAUACAAUCAAAACAGUAAGAAGUGGGACAGCAUGCCCAUUGAAAGUGGUCAGUCUAGAAACAGAGUUCAGCUGGUCGAUGAUGACUAUCCAGGAAAUCUCUCUCUACUCAUAUCACACCUGACUGAAGAGGAUGGAGGAGAUUACAUGUGUGAUGCUAUGAAAAGUGGACUCACAUACAUCAGACUCACUGUUAAAGGAACUUCACCCCUGAAUGAUGCUGCUGGUAUUGCAGAACCUCCACACCCUCUGCCCUUUGUCCCCUUUGCCUUGGUGACUGUGAUCUUCCUCCACAUUAUAGUAGCUGUGGUUUAUCACACCAAGAGAAACAAAGAUGUAUCCAGUCCAUCAACCAUAGAGUUGGAGUUAAUCAUUUCUUCUACUGUUGGGGGCUUACUGCUGUUAAUGGUACUGAUUAGGGUCAUCUACUGGAGAUACAGAGCUCAAAGACAAGGACAGAUGGAGGGCUGUGAUAGAAAAACAGAAUGGGGAAGAGAUCAGGAGACACAGAACGAUUCUGAAGUGCUGUUUGCCACUGUAAAUGAAGACAAAUGCAACAAAGGUCAAGAAAUGGACAAUUGUGAGGUGCUGUACGCUGCUGUGGAUAAAAAAGACAAAUGUAAAACAUUUGAAGAAAACGAUGAUGUGACGUAUUCUACUGUAGUCUACUUCGAAAGAUCAACAUCAGCAACUGUACUGUUAGACACUGAAGAAACUACUGAAUACACCAGCAUCAAACUGAAUUAA